AACAAACAAAGCAAAAUGUUAGGCGAUAGGACCCUGAAGAUCCCAGUCCAGCUUUCACCUCCUUGUUGACAGAAUGAACGGUAACAACCUUCCACCUGAAGUUCACAUCAGUAACUCUGAGCUAACUUAACUAUUAUCACCCAGUCAACGUAACAUAGCAACACAAUGGUGCUACACAUCGUCUGGGUAGCUCUGCUCGCGUGCUGGGUGCUGCCUGGCCUCCAGCAGGGGGACUUGAUAUUCCGCUGUCCAAGCUGCACGGCGGAGCGACAGGCUGCCUGUCCGAGGCUUGUCGCUAGCUGUGUGGAGAUCGUGCGUGAACCGGGCUGCGGCUGCUGUCCGGUGUGUGCCCGUCUUGAGGGGGAGCUGUGCGGCGUCUAUACACCGCGCUGCUCCACCGGGCUGAGGUGCUACCCUAGCGCGGACUCGGUGCUGCCGUUGGAGCAGCUCGUUAAAGGGUUGGGCAGGUGCUCGCGCAAAGUGGACCUGGAACCAACGGCGGGUCAGGAAUACCUGGACGCAAGUGUGGAGGUGCCGACCACUGACAGCCCUGUGUACUGGAGGCCUCCGCUGGAGAACGCCAGGUUGCGGGGCAAGGUGUCCGCUGUGCUGCAGUACCACAACGACAUCAAGUCCCGCAUGAAAAUCAACUGCCAAGAAAUACCCAGGGGCCACACACAGCCUCAGAGCCCUUGCCAACAGGAGCUCAGCAGGGUACUGGAGCACAUCUCCAAGAUGACCUUCCAGGACAACAGGGGUCUGCUGGAGAAUCUCUACAAGCUCAAAUUCCCCAACUGUGACAAGCAUGGUCACUAUAACCUCAAACAGUGCAACAUGUCCACUCACGGCCAGAGGGGAGAGUGCUGGUGCGUGGACCCCCUUACAGGGGUCUACAUCCCCACGUCCCCCCGGGUGAGAGGAGACCCCAACUGCAGCAUGUACCUGGAGGAGCAGGAGACCCCCCCCACCCCAGCCCUCCAGCAGGAGUGACUGUCCCCCCCCACCCCAGCCCUCCAGCAGGAGUGACUGUCCCCCCCCACCCCAGCCCUCCAGCAGGAGUGACUGUCCCCCCCCACCCCAGCCCUCCAGCAGGAGUGACUGUCCCCCCCCACCCCAGCCCUCCAGCAGGAGUGACUGUCCCCCCCCACCCCAGCCCUCCAGCAGGAGUGACUGUCCCCCCCCACCCCAGCCCUCCA